GAGGUCAUGCUUCAGGAAGCUAUGAUAGAGAAUCAAGCAGAUCUAAAGGUUGUGGUAGAGGCUGUGGUAAUGAACCAACUAAAGGUUGUAAUAGCGGUCAUAGUAGAAGCUGUGAUGAUGAAUCAACUAGAGGUUAUGGUAAUGAUCAUAGUAGAGACUGUGGUGAUGAACUAAGUAGAGAUCAUGAUAGCAGUCACAGUAGAAGUCGUAGUAUUCAAGCAUUUCAGUAG